AUGCAAUUCAAGAUAUGGAAGAAUCUCCGGUUGAAACGGAAUGCUUCAGCAACUGGGACUUCUACCUCUGCAGUGCCAUCCAGGCCGGUCUGCAACCUUAUCCAGUUGCCGGCAGAGUUGGUCCUCAUGAUCAGUGACUUUCUCUCGCCCUCAUCCCGCAUUUGCCUCCUGCGCACCUGUCGCGCUCUGCGGGCGCUGCUGGGGUCUCAAGGCAAGAAAGAUCUCUUUGAGAUCGCGGGCCGCUCUCAAUGUGGCCGUGCUACGUUUCUUGCGAUUGUUUCUCGCGACCUCCCCGACAAAUGGCUUUGUGCCAAGUGCAUGGUGUUGCAUCCUGCAAAGGUGGAAGACGUUCCUCAAGCAGCCAGUAUGACCCUCUUCAGAUUAUAUGGGCGUGAUCACCAGAGCAAUGAUUAUUCAUUAAAAGGGCCUGUUCUCUCGAAGCUAAGCUAUCAACAUGUAAACCUGGCUCUCAAAUACACACGCCUGCGAGACACCUGCUCUUCUUCCCAACUGUCCCACCUGUCUAAUUUGACAAAACCCUUCCACCGAUACGUUUCCGCCAAGCUAGAACAGAUCAACAAAGAGCGCAACAUCCGCUGCUCGUUCUACCCCAAGAUCGUCCAGGACGCUAGCGGACGACACCGUUACCUCCUGCUCUCUGUCAUUUCCUUGCCAAAGCCGCGGAACGUCAAGAACGCGUUUGGAAGGUUGGGAAAGAUUGACAUUUGCCCGCACCAGGGUGCAGACCGCUGCACCGAGGAGUAUCUGCUGUCUCGGGCGCGCAGAACACAGCUCGUCAAGCAGGAUGCACACAACGAGGUCGAUACGCAGAUCUUCAAUGCAUUUCAGGAGGACCUGCUGCGCAAUGAGGUUGAGGGCGUUCUCGACAAAUACGACGCAGGCGAGCUGUUUACUGGCUCAUGCCAUAAAUGUCCGCUGGACUUUUCCGUGCAGGUGGGAUCGCACAAUGUCGAGCUCUGUGUAUACCAAGAUUUUGGGGUGGAAAGCUCCGCUAUGGAACUGUCAUGGUUGCUCUGCACGCUGGCAGACGGAGAUCUGAGGAUCGAACCCAUAGGCCAUUCUGCUGGGAACGUUUGUAGGCUUUAUGGGGAUGCAGAUGCAGCACUACGGAUGCACAGGAAAGAGGUGGCAGAAAAUGCAUAG